GCAUGCGCAGUAGAGGAUAAACACACAGGCGCUGCCCAGCUGGAAAAAUGACGGGCAUGACUUAUGAAACAAAUGUAAUUUAACAACUGCGGCUUCAUUACAGUUUAUUUCACACAGUUACGAUUAUUCGGGAUUCAUACGUCUAUAUACGUCGCGACUCUGAGGUUUCACAAUAAUGGAUGCAGUUCUGAGCAGGCUGCAAACCCUGACCCCAGAUGAGCUGAGGGAGGAGAUCUUAGGGGCAGGAUUGAAGUGUGGACCGAUAACUGCCACCACUAGAAGCAUCUUUGAGAAGAAACUUGCCCGAGCUCUUUUGGAGGAUCAGCCAGGAGAGUGCAUUAGGUCAGAGGUGGACCAUGGAGAAGCUGGAAACUCUGUGAGCAUGCUCCAGUCUCCAUCAGCAGAAUCACAUGAGCUGAGGUUGGACGCGAGUCCUUCAGCACACGUUUCUGAAGAUGCUACCCAACAGGCAUCUCCUGAAUGCCCCUUGAUAUUUUAUGGGGUUUUGCCUCCAAUAGAUGAUCCUUCGCACAAUGAUGCAGGUGUCCAGCAUGUAUUCACUGACAAGCAGAAAGCCCUGAAAGCGGUGAUGGCGAUGAAAGGUGCACGGUUUAAAGGUUUCUAUAACAGAAAGGAUGCUGAGAACUUUGCAAAGGGCUUGUAUGAUGGUAGUGUGACAUCCAGCAAAAAUUUAGCAGACAAACUCUGUUUAACAUCUACAGAGAAAUCAGCGGGUCUGGAAACGCUGAAUCUGGAGAAGGCCAAUGAGUUUCGAAGUCCACGUGUACAAGAUCUGACAACGAAACUUAGAAAAGCUGUGGAGACAGGAGAUGAAGAGGCUUUUAAUGAGCUUGUCUGGGGCAACCCAAGAUACCUUAUUGGAUCUGGAGACAACCAAACCAUCGUGCAGGAAGGCUGCAGGUACAACGUCCUCCACGUAGCAGCAAAAGAAAACCAAGCAAGGAUGGCACGCCUUAUAUUGGAGACUUUACAGAAUCCAGAGUUCAUGCGUCUCAUGUACCCUGAUGAUCAGGAAGAUAUGCUCUGGCAACGAAUCCACUACAUUGUGGACCUGUACCUCAACACACCCGAUAAAGUGAACAAUGAGACGCCACUUCACUUUGCCUGUAAGUUCGGAUGCCCAGACGUGGUGAACGUUCUUUGUUCACACCCAGACAUCGAUAAGAACUGCAGGAACAAGUAUGGACAGAUGCCAUUAAGUAUGAUCUGUGAAAGGAAAAACAAAAAUAAGCAAACCAAAGAGAAGAUUGAAGAAUAUUUGGAGGAUCGUUUUUUCGUGCCUUUACUGAGAGCGUCGGAUAACACACUUAACCCAGUGAUUUGUGCACCCUGGGCCCCUGGCACCUCUAAAUAUCAGGAUGCGUCUCUUAUACCUGGGUUAAUGGAGGAUCCUAAAAACCCACUGAUGACUAUUAGGGCAUUUGUAGGGCCUCUGAAAUUAUCAAAGGCGGAAGAGUUUCAUAAGCUUUGGAAAACUCCGCCUCGUGACCGGGCAAAAUACUUUCAUCACAUUUUAAAAUCGGAUCCUGAUCGAGGAGCAGAGAGAGUAGGAAGGGAAUUAGCACAUGAGAUGGGGUACCCCUGGGCUGAAUACUGGGACUUCUUGAAUUGCUUCACUGACCUCACUGCUGAGGAUGGAUUGAAUAUGUUAGAGGAUUAUUUGAGCAAAUCCACCCAGCAGAAUAAUUAUUUGGAAUACAGCUUUCAAGAUUUAAAAAGUCCUGCUUCACUUACAGCUCAAAAUAAAGCAUCUAAAUCCUGCACAUUAUUGGAUCAUCAUCUGCCCUCUGGGAUGCCAACAGAGCGAGACAUGCGGACUGAGAAAAAUGGCUCUGUGUCUAGCAGGUUUCCGGUGUGUGACCUCAGGAGUGAAUUUGAGAGGGUUGCUGUAGAACUGUCUGCUUGUGCAGAGGAUACAGCAGAUUCGGGUUUAGGUUGCGUCACUGGAUCUGAUAGUGAAGGAUUAGAUGAAGGCACUUUAGGAGAGUGGGAUUGGAGGAAGAGUGCGGAGGACGACUCCAGCUCAGAUGAGUAUCACACAGCAGACGAGGACACUGAUGCUGCCAGCCAGACGGAUAGUGGGGGACCGCGUACGCCGGCUCGCGGGAAGAUGGAAAACAGGAGCUAUGAGGAAGACGUUCUGAGCAGUUCUGUGUCUUCCUGCUCUUCUUACAAAUCCACACACAGCACACCUGAACACCCUGAGGAGUUUCAGCCACAUGUUUUUCUCACUGGUGAAUCGCCCAGUAAGCUGGACAGUGAGGUUUUGUUAGCAGUGAGUAGAAUGGACAUAGACGAGCAGCGUUUUCCCUGCAUUACCAGAUGGCGGAACAUCGUUUGCUCGUGUCCUGAAUCUCAGAAAAACCGAUGGCCGAAUGUUAAAGUGUCAAACGCACAAACGGAGAACCAGACGUCCACUCCUCGCAGACUGACGCACAGCUGGCUCACAGGCUCACCCAGCUUCCUCAGCAUGACCAAGUUCAUCCCUGGGUCGUGUGUGUAUAAUGGAUCACCCAACUAAGAUGCUGCAUGCUUUUAAACACUAAUCAUAGAGUGCACUUUCUGUGUUGCUUACGCUAGUCGUGUAUAAUUAUUUAAAACACAUAAUCGCACUUAAAAAAUAAUUUUGAAUUUAUUAUUUCAGUUAAGUAGAUAUAUUUUUCCUAUUUUCUUCCUGAUUUGGUCGUUUCAAACCCCUCGUCGGUACAACAAGUUAUCCAUCCUCUUCCACACAUGAGCUCACAGGUGUUCACGACUGGCUGGUGUCACUCACAUGAGCCAUUUCGGAUGUAAAACCAAAUUCUGUGGGAAAACGGUUGGUUGCAUUGAAGUGAAAAGCGUGAAUUAAUACAUUUUUGUGCAAGAUACAUUUGUACUGAUUUCACAAGGAAAAAGACGACACUUAGUACCUCAGUUGAGCAAAUAUUUGCUGAGUACCAAUUUCUUAUUACUUUGCUGAGUUAUUUUGGGGUCUCUACAUAAUCAAUAUAUUUUUUUUCCAGGACUUUGACACCUUACUCCAAGCAAUAUACAUACAGUUCCUUGAAAUAUCUGUAAUGCUGUGUACUUGUGCCUCAGUUUAUAUGAUGUUUUUGUAUUUUAAUAAAUAAUUCAUGCCGCAUUGCCUGACUUCACUGUGGAUCAUAAAUAAUAUAUUGGCUAAAGAAAUUGCACUAUAAUUUUUCUACUUUGUCAAUAUUUGCCAGAGAGCAUAAUGUUCAAAUGAAGAAUAAACUUGUAUACACAGGC